AAAGUAAAGGAAAGCCACAUACGCUCUUUCUCGCACAUUCCUAUACUCUUUCCUUCUUCGUGGUCCCAAAAUUUUAAAAUUCCAAUUCUACCCUUUUCUCCUUCCUUCCAUCUUUUUUUUUUUUUUUCUUUCUUCUUUUGUUGUUGUUGUCUUCUGGAACUUCCGAUCUGUCUCUCUCCUCAUCUCUCUCCUCUCUCUUUCUUAUCAAUACGUUUCUCCCAGAACAUUCUAGAACUCCACAAUCUUUCUCUCUCUCUCUAGCUUCGUGAUCAUCGUGUGUGUGUGUUAAUCACGGGUUCUGUCUGGAUUGUGACAAUCUCAUUUGUUGGUUGGUGGAGAAAAAAGAUUGCGUCAAUAGAGAGAACUUUAUUUUUUUGGAUUUGGGUCUAAUGGGUUUUGUGAUAGACGUCUCCUUUUCUCUCCUCCGUCUAUAGUUUCAUGUAUUUUGGAUCUUAUGAUUCCAAGUUUCAUCAAGCUUACACAACAUUUCUUUUGGUGUGUUUUUGGAUUUGAUUUUAGCUCUUUUUCAUCAUUUUCUCCAAUCUGAAUCUUAAUUUUUGGGUAUUGGGAUUGAAAAAAGUUGAGGUGUGUGUUUGGGGAUCUAUAAACUCAUGCCGGGGGAACAAACCGGAGAAACUCCGACUGUAGCCGGUGUUGGCGGCGGUGGAGCUGGUUGUAGCGCUGGGAAUAGUGGUGGAAGUAGUGGAUGUGGUGCCGGCGGUGGUGGUAGUGGUAGCGCUGGUGGUGGAGGCGGUGGAGAUUCGCAGAGGUCAAUCCCGACUCCGUUUUUGACGAAAACGUAUCAGCUUGUUGAUGAUCCGGUUUACGACGAAUUGAUUUCGUGGAACGAUGAUGGAACCAGUUUCAUUGUGUGGCGACCAGCUGAAUUCGCAAGAGAUCUUCUUCCCAAAUACUUCAAACACAAUAAUUUCUCAAGUUUUGUUCGUCAGCUCAAUACUUACGGAUUUCGAAAAGUAGUACCGGAUCGUUGGGAGUUUUCUAAUGACUGUUUUAGGAGAGGUGAGAAGAUUUUGCUCCGGGAUAUUCAACGGCGGAAAAUCUCACAGCCUGCUAUGGCUGCCGCUGCUGCAGCUGCCGCAGCGGCAGUUGCAGCUUCAGCUGUUACAGUUGCGGCGGUGCCUGUUGUAGCUCACGCUGUUUCUCCGUCAAACUCUGGAGAAGAGCAGGUGAUAUCGUCUAAUUCUUCGCCUGCGGCUGCAGCUGCUGCUACAGGAGUGGUUGGUGUUGGUCUGCAGAGGACGACAAGCUGUACUACUGCACCAGAGCUGGUUGAGGAGAACGAGCGGUUGAGGAAAGAGAAUAUGCAGUUGAGUCAAGAGUUGACAAAGCUGAAAGGCUUGUAUGCGAAUAUCUAUACAUUGAUGGCAAAUUUCACACCGGGUCAAGCAGAUUGUGCGAAUUUGUUACCAGGGAAACCAUUGGAUCUUUUACCGGAGAAACAAGGGAUGAGUGAAGAAGCCAUUGCCAUGGCUUCUAGAAUAGAUGCAGGGAGUGAUCUGAAGCUUGAUGAUGAUUUGACUCCGAGGUUGUUUGGGGUUUCCAUUGGGUUUAAGCGAGCUAGAAGAGAGGAAGAGUUGGGUGCUGCAGAGGAGGAGGAUGACGAUAGACAAGAAGCGGUUACCCGAGAGGGAGAAGAAAGUUCUGAUGUUAAGCCAGAGCCCAUGGAGGAGAAUAACUCUAGUAACCAUAAUGGACCGUGGCUUGAACUCGGAAAAUGAAUACGCUUUUCAGGUCACAGGUUUUGUUGUAUUUGCAGGAAAUUAACUGAUCCCAUUGAAAAGGUAAACGAUUAAGCUGCCCCGAGAGGAAAAUGGGACGAUGUUCCGUCAUAAAAACAAUGGCUCUGAGAAGAGAGGUUCAUUAAGUUGGGGGUACAAAGGUACCUAAACACACAGAUUCUACCAUCCUGAGUUGUUCCUAAUUUCAGAUGUUGCCUCCUGAAUCUUCUUCUUGAUGGAACUGAAACUAUUCUGGCUUGUUGUGCUCCAGCGGGUGGAUGUGCUUCUCACGAUUUCAGAUAAAGCAGGCAGAUUUGAUGUAACAUCUUCAUAUUCUGCAACAAAUAGCAGAAUCAAUCGUUCUUUUAGAGUUAUGGUAAUGUUGAUACAGAACCAUUACGUUUUUUUUAGUUCAAAACAAUUGUAGGUCUCUGACUUGUAAUAAUCCAAAUGGAAUUUCUAUUUCUUAUUAAAAGAUAGUUCAAGUCCUC